UGGGAAAAGGGCCUUCCUGAUUGAAAGUAAGGAAAAUGUCCAGGAAAAUCGGCUAAAAUAUGACCAGACGCCGGCUUUGUUGUGAAAACUCCAGUUUUCGGCGGGAAUGACGUGUUAUAGAGGACAGAGAUGAGCUCCCAAGACUUCACCAAUCUAGAAUCUGUCGUCAACGUCAUAGGACUGUCCAGCAAGCCGCUAUGGGCGUUUGCAGAGAUGUGGUACCAGGUGUUCCUGUGGGCGCUGUUCUCCUCCAUGUUUGUUCACCUCAUCGCGGCGUUCAUCGCCUUCGCCGCCCUGCGCUUACACAAACAGGGCCGCUGGGUACCACUAGGCAUCGUCAUCAUGGGCCUGUUAUCACCACUGUCUGGGGGAGUCAUCACAAGUGCAGCCAUCGCAGGUGUGUACCGCGCAGCAGGUUUCACCAUGGCCCCCAUGUACGCCCUCAUGUGGGGCGUCGGACAGACGGUGUUCGUAAUGGUCAUAUCCUUCUCCAGAAUACUCGCCACGCUAUGAUCCGGGUUACGGGAUGAGGCCUUCGAUCAAGGAACGCGGAUCUUGCUGGAUCUGGGUCCAGUCGAGAGUCGUGCCGUGUCACGUGUGCGGUUAGAGAUGACGUGAGAUUGUCUGGAGAUACAGAGCACACUUAUAUCUCCUUGAAGCUUGUGUUUGUGAGGUUGAUGAGUAGAAACACAGCUAUGUGUAAUGACCGAGUGUUGAAGGAAGGGGUAAAGUUCUCGCUCGCGGAUUUUUAAUCCUGAUCACGUAAGAUCACUCGUGCACACGGAAGGAGCACAGAUUCUCAUCGAGAGAAGGCAGUGGGUCUGCACCCAAAGAACACUGUCAUUCAUUUUCUGUCAUGUGGGACAGAGACAGAACCACACCAUGGGCGGUGAUGCUGAAACAAAUUCACACAAAACAGCACCACCUGUCAGAUUAAGUGUGAAUUGCUUGAUUCUAUAGCAAGAUUCUGUUGGACAUUGUGAAAAACAGCACUGAGUGCUAAAAAACAAAGAACCUGUAUCUAAAAAGAAAACAUGUUGCUGUGCAAGAUGCAAGGAAAGUACAAUAUUAGCGCACAGUGUGUGCUUCCCCAAAGAUGGAAGAAUAUGCAAGAUGUUGACAAUGACAGAUAGCAAGAAACACACCAACACAAGGACUACAGAUAGAGCUGCUACAGGUGUAAGGUUACUACAACAAGCCAGUACACAACACAACUGUGACUGAAGUGCCAGAUGCAGCAGGCUGGGGCUAUAUACAUUGACUCUGCGGAGCACCAGAGCAGCUGAUAGUUGUACGAACAUGGCUGAACAUGUCCUACUCACCAAAUAUGAGUAAAACAACUAGAGCUGCAUCAAUGGAUGACAUACUAGCUGGAUGGAUGACAUACUAGCUCUUGUUAUAUUUUCUACUUUCCAGUGUUCACCAGUUCUAAAGAGGGCUUUGCUGUGUGGAUGUUACCAAGCAAUGAAAGAUUCAAUAUUAGUUAUUUGGAGCCAACUUUCCACUGCCUUCAGUCCAUGCAACAUGACAGUAUUACAGAAAUCAGCUACAGUGGGAGCUGACAUCUAUGUAAUAGAUUGAUAUAUCUUCAGUGACAGAAAGGAUCACACAAUCCUCAUUGUCCCUCCAUAGUUUGCUCAAUCCCAUUGAAGUCAGUUGAUUCAGGAGUUGCCCUCAUCAUAGGCAGUCCCGAAUAGUGGCUAGCUGCACUUAGCCUGGUUACCAGACCUACUAUAGCUCCAGAGUCCUACAUCCUUUCCGCAACAGGACUUAGGAGCUAUAGUAUGUCUGGUAACCAGGCUAACCUGCACUGUCCUGUAUCAGGAUGAUGAUCUUUGUGGGCUUUAACUUUAACCUUCUCCCUACUUUGAGCCAACCCCUGCAUUAGCAUUUUGUUGGUUGCAGUAGAACUUAGCAGAGAGGGGUUAACAGCUAUAUUCUGGCAGUAUCAGAGGCUAGCAAAAUCAAACCAAACUCUAAAAGACUUUACACUUACUCUGUGUCUGUCUGAAUCAGACAUUCAAAGUCUUCCUACAGACCAAGACUACGACUUGUUUUUCUAACCAUGUCAGUAAUGCACUGUGAUAUCAUUCAUUGUGCAGUAAGCACUAACAUUUGUACUCAAGUUUUUCUGAGAGGUACUUGCUUGAGACUGUAUGUUUUACCUCAGUUCAGCUUUGACCUAACGAGUCAAAAUCUGAUAGUAUGUAAUUGUUUUCCCUACCCUGGUACCAAGACAUUACUUACCUUAUAGUUAUACCGGCCCACAACUAAACUUUUGUCAUGUACUAUGCUGAAACACCACAAAUGUAAGUGUAUGUACAUGCACUAUGCUCUCAACAUGUACUGCUUCUAGUUUCCUUCAUUUCUUAUGUUUACAGAUAAUGUCACCAAAAGAAAUACCUGUCUAACGUACAUAUACAAAUGUCACAAUGUUCAUACAGGUAGGUUAUGUAUUAUUGAAUGAAUGGCAACAAGAAGAUUAUCUUCCUUAACUAAAGUUGAAAUGUAGAGAGUAUAG